AUGCGACCAAAAGCUACAUAUGUGCCUCUUGAACCACAACCUUCUCUCCAAGAUGUCUUUGGGACAACAGAAUCAAGGAUAAUUUUCGACGACUGCACUCGGGCAUCAGAGAGCACCUUCAGCGAUUUAGAAUCCGACUCUAAGAGACCUCGAUACGGUCAUUCUCGUCACGAUGUCACCGACUUGGAAAUUUCGCAGCCAGAAAGGAUCAGAUUUGAAUUCAUCAAUGGCCCUUCAUUUUCAUACAAGUAUCAGCAGUUAGAUGCCGAGCAACUCCAACAUGAUGUGCUCGCGGCCGCUGACUCGUCGGAGGCUCUUGCGUACCGGCAAAUGCGACGCCGUGCGCAGAACCGUGCUUCUCAACGAGCGUUUCGAGAUCGCAAGGAAAAGUAUAUCAGACACUUGAAACAACAGAUCCAAAUCCUCAGCCAGCAGCAUGACACCUUAAUGGAGUCUGCGACACGUCAAACAGCACUUGUGACGACGCUUGGGCGACGGCUAAUUGAAUUGGAAACCAGGCUGAGGGAGACGCGAAAGCGACAGCAAGAAAAAACUGACGGUCCUGGCGAUGAUGAUGCCAUACCUCUCUUCGAUCUUCAGUUUCCUGCCGAGUUUGAUGCAUUCACUUUGUUUUCCGCGAUUGAAAAUAAGGGCGAAGUGAUCAAUGGCCCUGAAAUUGAUGUUCAUGGUCUUGUCUCAUGCCCUAACGAUCCACAUCUGCCGUUGAUGAGCUACUCUGGGGAGCUUUGGUGA